CGGAAAUACUAGAUGCAAAGAUCUGUUCAAUGUGGAUAGCAUGCAGCCUCGGAGUUUAAAAUCAUGAUCGUUAAGUGCUUUAUCGGCUUUAUUUGCGCCCUGUUUUCUUUAAAUGUUGCAGACUGCCAUUCAGAUUCUCAUGUAUGGUUAUGUAUUGUUCAUAGUAACAACAUGUUUUGGAUUGGAAUGUCUUCACGGAGGGACUCUAACCGCAGAAGAUGGGUUCUGCCAAUGUAUAUGUGCUUCUGGAUUCUCGGGACUUAAAUGUGAAUACGAAUUGAAGAAAAGUAGGUGGCCACGCGGUCCGUACUAUCUGCCGAUGACUAAAGGAGGGUGUCCAGAAACUAAAGCACAAGGGUGGAAAAUAGGAUACAUCAACUUUACAACGGAAGUUCCUUUUAAAGCUGACACAUUCUACAACAAUGUCUCAGAUAAUGCGACAGCAAUAUAUAAUCUGGCAUUCGAAGAAACACAUAUACUAGGACCGUACGGACUAUAUAACCUGACGGAAACAGACGAAUGGCCUAACUGGGAGUUCGAAGUUUUUGCCUUAAAUAAAGGAUGUCCUCCGGGUAAAUAAGCUAUGGAGAGUUACUGGUUUUAGUGUGCAUGUCUUAUUAUAAACAUGCAUUGGAAUUACUAACAGUUUAGUAAAGAUAUCUUUUUCCGAUUGAUGUUUAUUAAAUUAUUACGCGUAUUCCAGAAGGCAUUUGUAUAAUUUCCCUUAGGAAAUGGAGAAUUUAUUUUAUAGUUUUGUCAUUGAUAAUGUUCGGUUUGAUAUCACACCAAGGGAGCUUGUGGCUCUCCUGCGUCUGCUACAAUAAUUUAUGAAUUAAAGUUGCUGUUCGCAAAACCUUCUUCUUAACUAAAUAACUGUUUUAUUAUUUUUACGAGUCGAUAACGACAUUACCUGCAUCAUAAACAAUAACACUUACAUAGUUUACAUCCGCCUAACACUUCCAAAUGCAUGCUCUCAGUGCUUGUUGCUCGGUUUCAUAUAUUUCCGGGCACACUUUUGUAUUAUAAGAGCGAACAAUAUAGUGAUAGAAUUCAUACCAUAACAGGUGAAAUAGCUACUGCGCCGGACAUGCGUAGCUAUGGUUAUUAAAACGUUCUACACGAUGAGCGUAUCAGCAAAAAUAUACCCCCGCAGUCAGGUCGUUUUAAGAGUAAAUACAGUUGGUAUAACGACACUAAAAGUACAGUUCUGCAGUCAGGUAAAUGUCAAAGUAGGUAACCUGUUUCAUGUAUGGUACAAGACGUAACGAAGUAGUUAAAUCGGUUCAAUAUGUAAUAUCACCAACACUGAUUAACUAUUCAAAGGCAAAACUAUUUUUUUUGUUCUUUGUAACUUAGUAUUGUUGAAAAGGCGUGAACUAUUAUUGGUACAAUAGGUUAUGUACACUAGCUCAUAGUUUUGUAGUUGUAAGGAGAUCAUCAUUCAAAAAUGUAAUGUGUUGCCUGGUAGAUUUGUACAAAACGUCCAGCACGAAGAAUGAUAAAACAUCUUCAUGAAAUUGAAUGUACACGUGUUGUUCU